GGAAUCCCAUUUUCACACUCAAAUUUUAUCCCAUUCAAAAGCCCAAUGUAUUAAACUUAACAAUCAAAAGCCCAAUGUCCCUUCUAAAAAUUACCCAAUUGGAGUCUCCUAAAAAAAAAGCAUUUAUACGACAUCAGUAGUUUAAUUUUAGGGCUAGGGUUUUGCCUUUCUCUUGAAUCGGAGCCGCAGACUCAUCGCCAUGGGGAGAAGACCUGCAAGAUGCUAUCGUCAAAUCAAGAAUAAACCCUACCCGAAGUCACGAUUCUGUCGUGGUGUGCCUGAUCCCAAGAUCAGGAUUUAUGAUGUGGGAAUGAAAAGAAAGGGUGUCGAUGAAUUUCCUUUCUGUGUGCAUUUGGUCAGUUGGGAGAAGGAAAAUGUUUCAAGUGAGGCGCUUGAAGCAGCGCGUAUUGCAUGCAACAAGUACAUGACAAAGUUUGCUGGAAAGGAUGCUUUCCAUUUGAGAGUGAGGGUUCACCCAUUCCAUGUUCUUCGUAUCAACAAAAUGUUGUCAUGUGCCGGGGCUGAUAGGCUCCAGACUGGAAUGAGGGGUGCUUUUGGCAAGCCCCAGGGUGUCUGUGCUCGUGUAGCCAUUGGUCAGGUCCUUCUGUCUGUUCGCUGCAAGGAUAGCAACAGCCCUCAUGCUCAGGAGGCUCUACGCCGUGCAAAAUUCAAGUUUCCUGGUCGUCAAAAGAUUAUCGUCAGCAGGAAAUGGGGAUUUACCAAGUACAAUCGAACUGACUAUCUGCGAUGGAAGUCUGAGAACAGGAUUAUGCCUGAUGGUGUGAAUGCCAAGCUUCUUGGAUGUCACGGACCUUUGGCGCUAAGGCAACCUGGAAGAGCAUUUGUGGAUGCAGCUACUCUGUGAUGAGUUUGAUGGAAUUUGAAUGUUGUUGCUUUCUGAGUAGUCAGAGAUUGUUUUUGUUUAUCUGGAUCAACUUCUUUGUUUCAGACUUGUUAGUUAACUUGUUGAAUUGUUUUUGUGAUAUUUUGGUUUUACUUAUUAAUUUUAAUGGCCGUCGCUGCCCUUAUACAA